CCGCGCUCGGCCGGCCGUCGGGGCAGGGGUCUGCCGGCUCCCAUAGGGGGCUGCAGGCGUCCUGCCUGAGGGGGGGUCCCUCAGUCCUGGGGCGUGAGGUGGAUGGCGGAGAUGUGUGAAGGCGUGUGGUGGGCGCACACGAGGUGUGGUGAGUGCCCACCGCCCGGAUGCGGCUCGGUGGGACUGGACGUCCCCACAGCACGGCGGAGGUGACCGGGCGGAGCAGGGUUACGGUAAUUUCCUGAAGCAAUCUGGGUUUUGUUCUUCUAAGAAAAGGAGAAACGCUCAGUGAAGUUGCAUCCUGUCAUUGCCCGGGUUGGUUACUGGAAGGGUUUGGACCCGUCGCUGGUGUUGUCUUCUGUAGUCACUGUGUGCAUUGGCAUGGAAGCAGGGGGAGAACGGUGAUUUUCAUCUUCCAGGAACAUUGAGGGUUGGGGUAUGCUUGCCACGACAUGAUGUCAGAAAACAUUGGGUGUUUCGGGCAUCCCAGUCUCUGUCCCAAGGUGUCUCCCUUCUCUUUACUCCUGUGCAAUGGAGGACAAACUCAAACUUUCAGCCAGGUCUCUGGUCAAAAGUCAUGAGAUGAGUGAAAUCUUGGUCUUUAAAAAUAGGGUGGUUGUGUGUUACUUGGUUUAGAGCCUAGAAUUUUCAUGUUUGAUAUUCUCAAGCUUUUAUCCAGAACCCAAAGGGAAAUAACAAAACUUUAUUUUUUUUCUUAGUGAAAGCUGAGAUUAACAUCUAAUCAUCCUCCCCUUGAGAAGCUGAGGUUUUAGGAGCACUAAGUGUUGACCGAUUUACAUUAAACUGUUCAGUUUGGACAGACAACAGUGCUUUUGUUCAAGUGGAACUUUGAAGAAGUUUGACUGUGGGAAAUCACGGGCCCAAGACCAGUGGAGAAGUCUGUGAAGAAACAAAAAUCUAUGAAAGGAAUGAAACCAGAGAAAGAUGAGACCACAUGGAGGCCUGCCCGGUGGAAGUAGAUACUGUACUUCGGCCCUGUGUAGAGGCCACAGAAGGUAUUUGACUGUUAACAGCUGAAGCACUUUUACACCAAAGGGAGAGUUGGAAAGAGCUUUGUUGCUGAGCGCUGCCCAGGUGUGGCUGUAGGGUUAAAUUCAACCCUGGUCUUCCAGAGAGAGGAGUAUGUUGAUUUUGUGUUCCUUAGCUCACCAGCCAUUGCUGGAGAGCACAAUGUGCUUUAGCCUUCGCCACUGCCAUAUGUCCUCUUACCUCCAUCGCUUUGUCUUUUCAGCAUUCUUGAGUUGUUCUUCCUCAGUCCUCCCCCUCCCCAGGUGGCCAUCACUGAAUCUGUGAUUCAAAGAUUUGCGUAGAGAUGAGAGGAACAGUACAGAGAGUGGCACAGACCCUGUGGAGGCACCUGAAAGUGAACUCUAAAGAGCAAGACCGGGUUUUGUUGAAGGGGGAAUUACAGAGAAGAUGGCACAAGGCUUCUGAGUUGUGCAGCAACAGGACAAGAGACAAAAGGGAGAAGUUGCACCCAGAGAAGUUCCAACUGUGAAUAAAAGAAGACACAGAUACGGGCUAGCUGGCAGAAAUGUGUUCCAACACUUGAAUUGUAAGAACAAGAGUAUGCUAAGAGAAGAAAGAAGUCUGACAUAAAACCUUUCCAGAACAGUCAUCAACUCAUAGUUCCAAUGUCAGUCCUAAGAGCCUUUGAACACCAGGAGAAUAUGAAAGGAUGAAGCAUCCUCUGGCGCACAUCUGUUUGAGACUUUUUACUUGGUCUGAAAUUCAUCUCCAUGCUUCAGCUUUCUGAGUAUUUUCUGAUGCUGCAACCCAGGUUACACAUGUAUGCAGCAGGGUGAGAGCAUCAGUCACUUCUGGGAAUGGCUUGGGAAUACACUACCUGGAGGAAGCACGAGCAUUUGUUGAAAUUCUGAAGACAGAAGAACAAAAGAUGAGGUGCUAAAUCUGAGGCUGAGGCUGCUAAAACGAGCUGCUGAGCACUGGAGAGCUGCAGAACCUCUGAGCCUUUUAUUUCCAGUAACAGAAAAGAAACCCAGGUUUGUCUCAAGACGUGGAUGUCAUUUUAUUUUGGGAAGUGUUAAAAUAACAGUUUUGAAAGCAAAAGUUUCUAAAGGUGGUUAUUCUCUGUAUUUGUCUGGUUUUCCUAUUCCAGGUCCCUUCAGCUGAUAAUGCUACAUCCUCAGGUCCCACACCCUCCAUCCUGGCCUCUGUGACACACAUUAUUUCAAUUGAGCACAGCUGGGUGCUGGACUGUAAUUUCUCAUGCAGCUAGGACCACAUCCAUCAGUUUAUUGAUGGAUCAGAAGGUUAGAACCAGCACCUUAGAAGUGGAUGGGGAGCUAACAGACUGAUGUUUUUGCUGUGUUCACAGGGGCUUAAACUAGAGAGAAAAGGGUCAGGCACAUCCAUAUUAUUUUCACCUUUUGCCUCAGAUGCCACGGUUUGCAGUAGUUUCUCUCAGAAACGACAAAGGAGCAGCUCCCUGCUAUGAGGUCCUCAUGCCACAGAGAGCUGUAAUGAGUUUGUAUCAAGAUGGAGAUCAUCGCCUUUGAUGAACUUCGGACAGACUUCAAAAACCCAAUAGACCAGUGCAACCCAGUCCAUGCGAGAGAGCGGCUGAGAAAUAUUGAGCGUAUUUGCUUCCUCCUGCGAAAGCUGGUGUUGCCGGAGUACUCUAUCCAUAGUCUUUUCUGCAUAAUGUUCUUGUGCGCUCAAGAGUGGCUCACACUGGGGUUAAAUGUUCCUUUGCUUUUUUAUCACUUCUGGAGGUAUUUUCGUUGCCCAGCAGACAGUUCAGAGCUAGCAUAUGAUCCACCUGCAGUCAUGAAUGCAGAUACCUUGAGUUACUGUCAAAAAGAGGCCUGGUGUAAGCUAGCUUUCUAUCUCCUUUCCUUCUUCUACUAUCUGUACUGCAUGAUCUACACUUUGGUGAGCUCUUAACUACAAGAUCAUCAUUAAAGACUGAGAACAACAAAGGCUGGAGGUGCAAGGAUGAGUGAGCCAAGUGAUGCAUGAUUAAAAACGAAAAAAAAAAGGCAAAGAGAGGAAAACUUUGAACCCAAGAAGUACAUAGAAUACAUGAAAGAGAGACCCAGCAAGAAGCAGCAGAGUACCAUGGGAGAAUGGCUGAGUUAACUGUGUUUAUCUCCUGUGUUUCUCAAUGUGUUGCAGUAAAUGACUUUCAAAACACAAGCAAAACAAAAACUGCAAAAAGGUGGGCCAAGUUACACAGCUAUUCACCUCUCCAGGGAUAAUGCUGCUUGGUUUAGUGGCUUCAUUAUAAACUAUAGCCCCUACUGUCUUCCAGGGAACAAAGAUUUUUUUCUUAAUGACUGCUGUGGACUGAGGAAGCAGAGGGCAAGAUCAUCCUUCGCAGAAGGAACAGCUAUACAACACAUUCAGAAAAUGAGCACAGACUGGAGUGCAGAUAAGAUGUGUGACUGUUCUGCAGGGAUCUGCAGGGAUGUGCACAUGACUCUAAUCAAACAGGGAUGUCAGAUCUUGUGGAAUUGCUUCAGUGUUGGGGUUUUAUUUCCACCCAUAGCAACAAUAACAAAAGAAUUUGCAGUUGCAGUGUUCUGCUUUCUAAUGAUAUUCUACUCUUGUAGGUGAACAUCUGGUAUGUUCCUGUACUUCAUUUGUGAUGCACCAAUAACAUACAGUGAUACGUAUAAGUAUUUUGGGUUUCACCUAAUCAUGCCAAGCACUUAUCAGAAUAGUGUUCCUCUGACUGAAAAAAAACCCCAAGAAAAAGGUAAAAGCUGCAUAUAUUAAGGAGGAUUGUAACAUAGGUGUUAUGUUCAUCAAAAUGCUGGAUAACAAAAUACUUGUGGUCUGUAAUUCUGUUUUGCAGCUUUAUUUCUGCUGUCAAAUUUAAGCUGAAACAAAUAUACAAAAUGUUUUUGGUCUUGUAUGAGGUUCGUGUUGAAAGAUGUUCAGGGUUUUUAUAAUGUAAAUGUUUUAAAAUCUUAUGUAAUUGUCAUUUAAAUUCUUAUAUAUGGGCAGUAUAUCCUUAUAUAUAUGUAUAUACAAAUAUACAUGUACAGAAAUACUCAAAACCUAUUUAUAUUUUAGGUUAAUCUGUUUGAUUGACAGGUCAAAGGCAUCAAGUGUCCAGAACUGCUGCUAAACAUAUUUCAGCGCUGAACUUAAUGGACCAGGGCUGGGUCCCUCAGAGUCACUGAGGUAUUUCAAUGCAGCCACUGGUGCUCUGUGUAGUAGGCAAGCCUGUAAGAUCAAGACUAACACCAGUGCAUGCAGAGGCUGCUUGGAUCUUGCAUUGUGAAAUGAGCUAAUAAGGUAUGUUGCUACCAGAGAUGCUGCAGAGAAGAGCGCACAGAAGCCCAUCUGUACCACAGCUUGGUUUCAUCUGGUCUUGUUAGCACUAGCUCAUUGUUGACCCUGCCACAUUUGGUCUGGCUAUUGAGAGCCAAUAGAUUGUUCUUGUACCAGGCUCUGAGGGCUUUUUAGUCUGGGCACAGGGCUUCAGCAGGAGAGAUGCAGUCUCACAUUCAGCGCUGCCUCUGUGCUGACAUACCCUGUUUCAGAGCUUGGUGAAUGGAGUGUCUCAUGUCUGGCACGGUGCAAACUGAGCUGGAGUUGCUGGAAGUGCACAGUGCCAAGACUCCUUCUGGCUUGAUCUGGCUCUGUUAACGAAAUUAAAUCCUGCUAGCCUGCAAAGCACAGUUGCUGCAUGCAAACUGUUUGCUGCUGGACCAUGCCAACUCCCAAACCAUGCCUGGGCAUUGCUUGGAAGAAUGCUAGUUGUCCUGCACAAAAAUUAUACCAGGGCCAUUAUAACAAUAUUUAGAUGAUCAAGUUGUCCCAGGUGCUGACAUUCUUUAAUAUACAAGUACAGACAUAGCCAGUAGGUCUUACUUGAUGUAGUUUAACUUCUUCCAACAUAGCAUUCCUACUUCUGGGAGUACACAACAAGGCUGUCAAAUAAGGUUACUUGGGAAGCUAACUUGGGCUCUAAUGGUUCAUUAGUUUGGAUUUUGCAUACAAGGGAAGUGGCUAAACUGCUCUUGAAAUCACACUGACCCUGCAAGCAAUAUAGAUGUACUCACUUGGAGUGUGCUUGGGCUAAGAAACUUCCCUGGGUCAUUACAGAGCUAACUGAUAAAGCUCUGUUGCCAUGGUAUAGUUAAUGCACAACCCAUAAAAAGCUGAUGAUUGUCCGUAACUGAAUUCCUUCUCUCCAUCCUCACUAAGGCAUCUACAGAAGUAUAGGAACUAGAUUCACAAGAACAAAUCACAUUGAAUAACUUCUAGAUAUUGUGCUACCUCAUAAAACUCUCAACUCUGAGCAGGUGACUGAUCUUUCCAUGCAUAUCCCAGGAUGCAUAGGAGGUAGAAAGUAAUUCAGGUUUCACAUUUCCAGAUUAUCUGCUUUAAGGUCAGUUUCAUCAAAAGGCCUGGAUUUUUUUUGUGAGGUUGAAUGGAUGAAAGUAUGAUUAUGUCUUGCCUGAAAACCAAUAAUCCGUAUUCAAAAAAAUAAUUCCAAUGCUCCCAGUAGCAUUUUGUUUUUCUUUAAGAAGAAUCUCAAUUUAAACUCAAUGGAAAAACUGUUUAAUGUGAGGAUACUUUUCUCCUUCAUUGAAUUGAGUGAAGCUUCUCCUGAGAAGAAAUACUUUAUGAAAGUGGCCAAGCAGGAAGUUUAAUGUAAGAAAGACAGGUACCUCCAACCGAGAACUUGAGUAAUGAGACCCUCUAAGGUAUCUGGCAGUAUUAAGAAGCUGCUAGUGCUGUGGACCUCACAGACAGCAGAGUAAGAUACAGCCUUCAGUGCGUUCCUUGCUCUGUGGUGUUACCCAGGUGGGCUUGCUGGGUUAUUCCCAACAGGGCACUGCCACUUGGCUGCAUUGCAGGCCAGCACUAAACCAUUAUGCAGUGGUGCUGCUGUAGUGGUAGGUAGGCUUCAAUUCCACAUUCAUACUGACAUUCAAAUUAGUAAUUUUCGUACUAUGACAGAAUGGUCUCCUUGGAUUUGUCAAAGGAUACAAAAAAAAACCCCAAUUUUUUUUUCUUCUAAAGUCAAAUAGCUCUGUUGUUAUAUAUCAGGAAGCGUAUGAUUACUGUAAGAAGUGCAGAAACUUAUCCUGGAUUCUGUGUUGUGGCUGUGUGGUCUGUCCUCUGAGCAGUUGUACUCAUGUGUAGUGGGUGUUCUCAAGACAUCAUUUGUCAUUUUCUGUUAGACAUGCCAGCUGUAUUGUAAGAGAAGAAGCAAAAAUAGAGGAAGGAAGAAUGAGGGAUACAAGAUUCCCUGACUAUGUAUCUGGCUAAACACAAGCUAAGCAAUCUUUGGCCAGAGCAAGGGAAGUAAAGAACUGCAUAGCUGUUGAUGAAGAACAUUAAAAAUGCUGAGAUUUUUGGGUUACAAGCCAGUCUCUUCCCCAUGUCACACUUUUAAGGGAGAAAUAAUCUGUGAUAUCCCUUUGUCUCCAGUUCCUCCUUUUUGGCUGCUGGAGGCUGAGGAUUUCCUCCCCAGGCCUGCUCUCUGCUUGUCCCUUUUCCUGGAAGGUUGAAUGUCAUUACUAGGAGCAGCAGUUUUCUUCUCUUACAUGCUCUGGUAAUGCAAGUAAAUCCCACAGAGUUGUAAGAAAACAUAACACCUCCCUUUGCUCCUUUGCUACCUAGCUUGUGAAAUCUUUUCAUAUAUACAUAUUUAUUUAUUUUUUAAGAACUGUUGAAUCUGCUUAAAGGAAAUAGGUAGGAGAUGGGGUUAAAAAUGUGAGAGGAUGAGAUCUGAACGAGGUGCUUGCCAAAAGCAUAGCUACACAGUGUGCUGGACUAUAGCUGCCCGUUCCUGGAAGGGAUGAAAAGGCAGCCCCAUUGGCAAGGUGUUGCUCUGUGGUUCUGCCCAUCCUAUUUAUAGUCAGGUAACGCAGCAAUGUUGAAUAAAAUUGUUGCUGCUAUGACUGUUUCAGUUUCAAAUACAGCAAAUCAAUGCUGAUAGCAGAAUGCUUCGCCUACAAAUAAUUAACUGCACUUAAGCUGUCAGAAAUGUUUUUCCAUCUGUUUCCUUGGGCCAUAAUCUUCCUUUUGCACUAAACCACUGAAAGGGGAAGAAAAAGUUCUUCAACCUACACCUUACAGAAACCGCACUGAGGGUGUCGUGAGCUGGCACUGCUAUUUGGGUCAUGAUUACUCAUACAUUUAUAUGGCUGUUAGCAAUCUAUUGCUUUUCCUCUCUCCAUUCUGUCUUCACACAGAUGUUUUUAAAAUGACUUUUCUUUACAGGGCAUGAUUGAAAAUCCUUGAAUUUACUGGAGAUUUUCUGUCAUUUCUAAUAGUCUUCACUUAAUGUCCAUUACGCUAGAGCUACGUGGGGAAUAGGUUCACACUGGAAAAUCCCUAGAGUUUUGCCAGUAGUGAUCCCAUCCUUUAGAUCUUGAUAGCACAUCCAUUUAACUGAAUCAUGUUAGCAGAAGAGGAAAAUGCAUUUCAGAGGGAUAACUGUAACAUUUCAGUGCUCAUGCCAGACUGUCACAGGAAGUUAUACUAACUUGGUAAAAAUCUGGCUUCAUGGGAGUUCCUGGCAAUCUUACCUCUUAUUUCAUAUGACCCUGCUUAGCAUUGUAGUUUCCACCAAGACGUCAAUGGAAAUUAAAAAUAGAAAAAAACUCCAAACCCAGUAAGUUUAGUUAAUCGAAAAUGUUAUUGGGUGUUAAUCAGAAAUGUUAUUGGGUGUUAGAUAAAGCUUGGGUUGCUACAGAUAAAUCAAUCAGGAGAUCAAAAGGUUGAAAUAAAGUAAGAUCUUUAUAUUUGGGAAGCAACAAAUAUUAGGCUGCCAUCCAUGCUGCACUGAACUUUGUGUCGAUGAUCUCAGUCCAUAUUCCUGCUCUGGUGAGUUUUUUGAUCAUUGCUCAUCAACACAUUGUUCUGAUUUGGUUUUGUUCCACACAGUAAUGCAGUUGUAGGUGGGAAGGAGGGAAGAUUCUGCUCUAAAAUACAACAUUCCCCUCUUUUUUUUUCUCCCAGACAACCUGUGAACAUGCUGUAACAAAAGUCUAAUGAUGCAUUUCAGUGAUACACCUCAACCUAAGAAUGAAGCUAUUUGCUGCAGAUAAUAUUCUACUGCAAUUUAAUAAACCACAGUUCUAGAACUGUUUUCUUUACACAAUUAAAGGCCAGUUAAAUUGCUGGCCAACUUCUCAUGUAAGAGAAAAUGUACUUCUAUGGCCCAGUUGACUUUCUGGGUAGUCAAACUCUGAAGUAAAGCUCUGAGGUUAGCAAAGCACAUUUUAGUACCUUUUUUUUUUUCCUAAUAAUGAGACCCCAUGUUUAGGUCAUGUAUUAUGGAAAUGAAGAGUUAAAAAGCCAAAAUCUCUUGUUUCAUCCAAAGCUUGAAUAGGUGUUGCAUCAUUUUUCCCUGUGAAGUAUCCUACAUACCACCAGUCUCCUGAAAGGUGUGAAGAAAUCUGACUGUCCCACUGUUCUGACAGUUACAGUCUUGUUAAGCAGAUUUUCAACUACUGAGCAGUAGCAUGAAAUACUGGCUGGAAAGCAUAGCUCCUACAAACCAUGCCAAGAUAUGGAGAUGUCUUGAGUAACACAGCAGUGAUCCAGUCUUUCAGAAUAGCUCUCCCCUGUGCAUAGAGUAUACCAAGCAAAUAAUAGUAGAAGUAAUAUAUAGUACAAGCAAAGUGCAUUUUUUGCUCUAUCUGUAAUGCAUUUUUUGUAAUACAGUAUUUUGCUUGGAGUAAAAAGCAAUAUAAAUUACAAAACAGAAGAUAAUCAGGCUGUGGCAGUUGACAGGAAUGCAAAGUUUGACUAUAGUUACUUCUAAACAUUUCAAGUAAUUACUUUUGACAGUUACUGACAGCAAGGAGUUGCUGGAGGUGCAAAUUGUGAUGAUAUUAGUAGCUUUAGCAAUACAUACUUUCACUUCUUUUUGGAAUAAGAAUCCAUGUUUCUUUCUAGAACAUAUUUAACACAUUUUCAGACUUUACCUGACACUGAAUAUAUAGCAGAUUCAAACGUUUUACAAAAAAGGCCAGAUAAAAUACUAAUACAAAAUAUAGCAAACAUGGCAGAUUCUUCAGGAAAUUUCUAUCGCGCCUUUGUCGUGGAAAGCCUUGUUCUUCAAAGGUAAAUUCUAGGUUUGAUGUCAUUUAUUGUGGAUCUCUGGACUGUCCACGGUGACAGUUCUGCAAGAAUAUAGGCAAAUACGAGCUUGGUUAUGUCUUCCCAGCUGCCCGGGAACAUCUCAUCAUGUAGCCACAUUUACUACAGAGCAGAUGACAUCCACUUUGUCACUUUGAAUCUCUUGCCCUUUCAGAAGGUAAGAACAUCACAGUGCAAAACUUUCCUUAGCCAUAUGCAGCCAGCGAUGCUGGCCUGCCUUGCCUUUACAAGCGCAAACUGGUCUCUGGGUUGAAAGUAGCACCAGGCAAGAGCAAUUUUCACUGGCCUGUUCUUGAGCUUCAGCUUUUACUGGUUUGGGAUGGUUAUUUUUUGACUGAGAGGAAGAUUUGUUUCUUAUGCCUAAUAACCAGCAUCACUAUGUUGGUUUUAGAAGCCUUCCUCCCACCCACCCACCUUUUUGUACAUACUGAAGUGUACUAAAUCCAUGUCUUUGAAAUGUGUUUUUCUCUUCAGGUCUGAUUUUUCAGCAUUCCUGCUCUUUCAGUGCUGAGUAGGCGUCCAGCCAUAAAGAGGUAUAUAAAUGAAUUAUAAAAUUGUAUAAAAUAACUGGUGGAGGAGGGUUCUUAUCUAGCUUACCUUUCUUAUAACAUAAAACAAUGGGAGCACUGUAGGAAAAAUGAGAGGGCACAGAUGUGAAACAUGAAAAGAAGUAUAUGCCCCAUUCUAAUCAAUGUAUGCAUUGUCAUAAAGAUUCAAGUAUCAGGACACCAUAUACUCAGUAUUGUUUCAUGUGAGCCUAUACACUUACAUAGGUAACAAACACUUCCAUAGUUACAUUUGAAAGAAUAAAACUAUAGAAGAGUUAGAAAAAAGCUUUGAGGAGCCAUCCAGCUGCCAGUGGUUUGAGUUCAGCAGACUGUUUACCCUAUGACCAGCUUAUCUAUUAGAAAGUAUUUUCCAACCAUAACUAUUCUAUGAUUUUCCACUUUGUUCUGAAAUGUCUAGAGGUGGCUGCAAUCAGAAAUAGCAGCUGAAGCCAGAUGGACCGUUGCUGUGUUUGUUCAAGGACUCUGAUUCUGUUCCCAAAUCACCAUAAAUCCAGAACAGCUACUGAAUUAGAAACUGGAUUUCAAAUUAAGAACUUCUCUACAGUGAGGAUAAAAAAUUCAGAAGCUCCUAAAUGACUUCAGAGUGUAAGUCUAAUUAUCACAAAUAUUUGGAUAUUUACUUAAGGAUCCUAAGAGUCUCUUGGAAGUGAGAAACAACACUUGUCCACAUACCAAGAAUUCAGUGUGUAGGAGAAAACAGUAAGAAUUUGUCAUGUGGUAGCUGUUCCUCAACCGGUCCUUGUAUUUGCACUUGUAAACCAAAGUGUGCAGUUUCACAGGCAGUUUGCACUGGAAGUGCCAACAGAGGAAGUUAAUGCAGGAUAACCAAUGUAUUCUUCAGGCCUUUGUUCUUUGGAUUCCUUUUCCCGACAGGUGAACCGUUAAACUCCUAAAUACUUACGGCACUUAAAAAUAUUAUGUGAGUGUGGUCUACUCCUGUUAACUGCACGGUACAUCCUUUAAUCAACUAACCAGAAAGGAUAUAAAAAUAAGGCAAAGCCAGGUAAUCACUCCUUAAGAAAUGAAGUUCACAUGGUUAUCAGAACUGAGAAAAUGAGAGUUCAGUUCUUGGCUGUUGCACAGCCUUCCUUUGUCACUUUGGGCAGGCACUUCAUUUCUCAGGUCACCAUCUCCUAACUGGAGGUGAUUGUGCUUUCUUUCUCCCUCAUUUUAUCUAUCUUGUCAUUUUAGAUUAUGAACUCUUGUGAGAUGGAGCCAUUUCUUUCUCCAAGUAAUGUCUGGCACUGCAUAGCUGAAAUUGGGAAUUACAUGUCUAGAUGGUAUUAUAAAUAAUUAAUACUUUUUGUCAUGGGAGGAAGCAACUGAAUUCGGUGGAAUUAGUCAAAAUGUAUUUGUUCCACUGUUGCCGAGAUCGGUACCUGACCUGGUAGGUUGCUGUGCCCUAGGGCCUUCUGACAAACCCAGGUGUGCUUUAGCCUCUGAAUGCAUGUAGUGCUGUAAUUUGAUGCUGCCAAAAAGCACUAAAAUGUAAAAAUAGAUCCAGACAGCUCCCCAUUUCAGUAUACCCUCACAAUUCUAUGACUCUCUGAUUUUGCACCAUUCUAAUUCCUCUUUGCUCUACCCUUUAUCUUCUUCCUUUAUCACACAGUGAUGUCCUGCUUUACUCAUCUUUCGGAGCUGCAUUGAAAGCAAACCCAGUGUAAGCUCAGAGUAAAACGGUGGCACUGGUUCUAAUCCCAAUCAUUUGUCUGCUUGUGGACAUUUAUUUGGGAACAAAAUUAUCCUAUUUUGGUUUUAACUAGGUAGAAGUGGAAAUCGGCUGUUUUGAUAGAAAUCCUUUUUAUUCUGGAAUAUGAAUAAAGCCACGUGUGUAAGGAAUAUGAUGUUUAAAUAUGUUUGUCUGCAUUCGCACAAAUUUGUUACUAGGCUAGAUAGAAGUUGCCUCUGUUUGGCAAAGGAUGAUAGAUUUUUAUAGACAUAACCUGGCUGCAAAACAGCAGAGCUGUGUUCACAGGCAGGAAUGAGCUGCAGUUGCAAGCACUGGUGUAAGCCCUCUUUAACCGUUUGUGGAGUGGAGUCAUGCAGGCUACUAGUGGAUGUCUGGCCUUUGAGCUAAUGCAUUUGAUUUCACACUGCAGUGGCUGAGGAGUGUUCACAGGGUAACUCCACUGUAGGACCAGUGUUCAUAAUCACAAGGGAAGUAAAACCACCGGGGAAAUUAGUAUAUUAAGCAGUGCCAAACUUCUGCAAAGUGGGUACAUGUUUAGCCUUCGUUUCUUCCGCCAUGGCUUAUACUGCCCUUGAAUUUGGCCACUUAAUAUUUCAGUUCUAGAUCCUUGAGUUCAACACUGAAGUAGACUGGGGUUUUUUGUAUGUAUGUAUGCAUUUUUCUAAGAGAUUACAUGAGGUGAACUAUAAAGGAAUCUAAGGUUUUUCUAUAUCCCUUGAAUUGUCCAUUUAAAAGCCUUUAAAUACUUUGGUAUUUAACUUCAUGCUCCUUGAUGCUGUCUAGAAGCUUAAUAAAUUCUUGUCUGUUAACAUAAUGAAUAAAGGAAAGUGCUCUUCUGUUACCUCUGUGUACCUACCAUUUAUAGCAGGUCCAAUCAGUAAUGUUACUUAUGGGAUUAUACUGAGCAGGAAGCAGCUGCUGUAUCUCUGGACUGCAGUGGCUUUUCUAAGAAGUUCAUUUAAAAUUCACUUCUGACAAGCGCUGCUGGUGGGUUCAGAGGAGCUGCUGUGCGGUCAUUGUGAGCCACACCACCUCAGGUCGUUUGAGAGCCGUUUUUCAAGGGGUGUUGAAGUCGCUCCCUGAAUGUGCUCACUCUUUGACUCUUUGGCCUUGAAAAGCAGUUAGCAAGGUCUGUGGGAGAAUAAUUAAAGCUGAUCAGUCCUGUCUGUAAUCCAGAGCACUGUCAUUCUGGCAGCAGCUGGUGCUUUGGCUUUGAGUGAAGGAAUCUGUUGUACUUUUCUGUGUUUGCCUUACACAAGUAGGCAAUGUCCCUUUCAGUUAAUUAUUAAGUAAGAUUGUUAAAUUGUGUUAGAAAAUGCAAACCAUUCUUUCAAAACUUGUUGCCUUUAAGUAGAAGCAGUAUUUAUCCUCCAAAAGCUUCCUGAAGUGGUCGUGGCAGCAGCAGAAUUUUAAUGCACCUUCUCUCAUUCAUCAUUUGAAGUCUAAAACAACAAGUGAUGAAUCUUUGAUGAACCUUGUCAAGCUUCCUUCAGAUUGUAAUAGCAGUUUUAUAGGCUUCAAAAGUUCAGAAACAAUUUGUUAUGACUGUAUCUACUUCUUUUCUCUGUCAGCACUCAGCACAGUGCUGAGCACUGAUCCAUCACCGGAUUAGAAAGUCUUGUCCCUGUGUUUCUGGUGUAAACAAAAAGCUAUGUAGCAAACAUUAGAAGGAUGUUUUCCAGAGAAAUCCCAAUAAAAGCUGCCAGACUACAA